AUGGCUGACACGACAACAAAUGAAGCUAAAAUCUCUAUAAAAGUGUUUGUAGAUAAAGUGAAAAAGAGAGUGGUGUAUGCUGAAGCUGAUCACAGUUUUGUUGACAUUCUAUUCAGCCUCAUGACACUGCCAUUGGGAACAAUUGUCAAAAUGUUGGGCAAACAUGCUGAUACAAAGUUUGAGGCUCUUGGGAGCUUGAACAAUCUGUAUCAGAGCCUGAAAGAUAUUCCUGAGAGUUACUUUGCGACAGAAGAAUGUAAAUUUAUGCUUCUUAACCCCAGAAGUCUAUCAUAUGAUCACUGCAAAAAUCUCAAACUAAAGAUAGACCGCACAAAGCCCGUUAAAUAUUUUAUAUGUGAAAGUUGCAGGUCAAAGGGUUACAGGACUAGCUGCUACUACAGCAUAUGUAAUAAAGCUAUAUGCAAAAUCUGUGGCGGGUUGAUGAAUACACCUCAUUCAUUCGAUUCCAGCAUUUGUGUUGGUGACGGUGGAGUGUUUGUUUCUGAUAUCGGAAACUUCAUUGUCACUGACGAUUUUUAUGUGAUGCCUUAUAGCGUGGCAGGUAUUUUUCGAUUACUCACAGAUCUUGGAAUCAAUGACACGAGUCAUCUGGAGGAGAUAAAAUUGGAUAUGGAUUCUGAACAGAUGGUUUUUCUUCUAAAGAUUGCGCUGUCACUAGAUUCUCCAUUUACUAGAUUAAUCUUCCACAGAAACAAUCCUAUCCGAACUGGCUUAGUUGUUUAUGGCCAUGGUUCAACUUCUGAUCGGUCCGCUUUUAUUAAAAAGGAGAAAUCUACAUGUUCAAAUAUUGUACUGGAAAUAUCUUUGCAAAAGUUGACUGGAAAGCUUUUAUUUGCAGAAGCUAAAGAAGAUUUUGCUGAGUUUCUUUUUGGUCUUUUAUCAAUUCCUUUAGGAACUGUAGUUGGGACAUUAAUGAAUGGAGCUUCUUCAAUUAGCUGUAUGGAUAAUAUUUUCAAAAGCAUAUCAAAUAUGAGUGUUGGAAGAUACCUCAAGUCACAAGAUAUCAAAGAUAUGUUGCUUGAACCUCAUUUUGGGCAGGAGUAUUCUUCAAAAAACAAGCUUUUUCCUAUUAAAGGCACCCGUACUCUACUGGAGGUGAGUAUGCCAAAUACGAGUGCAGCAAACCAAAAGUCACAAGUUCUCAAAGAUAUGUUACUUAAAAAACGUUGUACAGCCUCCUAUCAGCUCAAGGAUCCAAGGUUAAAUAAACAAUUACUACUUCAGUCUAGUAUGUUUUUUGUGACAAAUGACCUUGUCAUAUCUCCGUCAUCAUCACAGUUGGCCAUGAACACCCUAAAUAAGUUGAAAGUUAAAUUGGAUGAUAUCGAAAAAUAUGAAAUUAGCAUUGGCUUGGAAGAGGGUUUAAGAUUGCUGAAAGCCGCGUUACGAUCUAGGUCGACUUUGACAAGUAUUCUUGAACAUCACCUGAAGAAGUGA